AGCCAUGGCGGUGGCGGUGGCUGUGGCUGGGGCGGGAGUCGUGACCGGGACGGAGAUAGGCCCGGCGGAAGAACUCGCCAAACUCGAGUAUCUGUCUUUAGUGUCGAAGGUUUGCACCGAGCUGGAUAAUCACUUGGGGAUCAACGACAAGGACCUGGCUGAAUUUGUGAUCAGUCUUGCUGAGAAAAAUACCACCUUUGAUACUUUUAAGGCUUCUCUGGUCAAAAAUGGUGCAGAAUUCACGGAUUCUCUUAUUAGUAACUUGCUGCGUCUCAUACAAACCAUGCGGCCUCCAGCAAAGCCUUCUACUAGCAAAGAUCCAGUUGUUAAACCCAAAACUGAAAAAGAAAAGUUGAAGGAACUCUUCCCAGUCCUUUGCCAACCAGACAACCCUUCUGUUCGGACCAUGCUGGAUGAGGAUGAUGUGAAAGUCGCUGUCAACGUCCUGAAAGCCCUGGAGGCUCUAAUGCCCAGUGCAGCCGGCCCAGAGAAGCAAAGAGAUGCUGAGCACCGAGACAAGACAAAGAAGAAGAAGCGGAGCCGGAGCCGGGACCGCGAGCGAGAACGAGAACGAGAGCGUGACCGUGACCGUGACCGUGACCGUGAUAGAGAACGAGACCGUGAUAGAGACCACAAGCGGCGACACCGGUCCCGCUCUCGAUCACGUUCCAGGACCCGGGAGAGGAAUAAAGGGAAGUCUAGGUAUCGGUCCAGGAGCAGAAGUCAGAGUCCCCUCAAAGACCGGAAGGACCGAGACAAGUAUGGAGAGAGGAAUCUGGACAGAUGGCGGGAUAAGCAUGUGGACCGCCCUCCCCCCGAAGAGCCCGCCAUUGGGGACAUUUACAAUGGCAAAGUUACGAGCAUCAUGCAGUUUGGAUGCUUUGUGCAGCUGGAGGGACUAAGGAAGCGGUGGGAAGGCCUGGUGCACAUCUCUGAGCUCCGGCGGGAAGGCCGUGUGGCUAAUGUGGCCGAUGUGGUGAGCAAAGGCCAGAGAGUCAAGGUCAAAGUGUUGUCCUUCACUGGGACCAAGACCAGUCUGAGCAUGAAGGAUGUGGAUCAAGAGACUGGAGAAGAUCUAAACCCAAAUCGACGACGAAAUCUCGUUGGGGAGACCAACGAGGAGACCUCCAUGAGGAAUCCAGACAGGCCCACUCAUCUCUCCCUCGUCAGUGCCCCUGAAGUAGAGGAUGACUCCCUGGAGCGCAAGCGCCUUACCCGCAUCUCUGACCCAGAGAAGUGGGAGAUCAAACAGAUGAUUGCUGCCAAUGUUCUUUCCAAAGAAGAGUUUCCAGACUUUGAUGAAGAGACUGGCAUUCUUCCUAAAGUGGAUGAUGAAGAAGAUGAGGACCUUGAGAUUGAACUGGUUGAGGAAGAGCCUCCAUUCCUGAGAGGGCACACCAAGCAAAGCAUGGAUAUGAGCCCUAUUAAAAUCGUUAAGAACCCAGAUGGCUCCCUCUCCCAAGCAGCUAUGAUGCAGAGUGCCUUGGCCAAAGAAAGACGGGAACUCAAGCAGGCCCAGCGGGAAGCCGAGAUGGACUCUAUUCCCAUGGGACUCAACAAACAUUGGGUUGAUCCUCUGCCUGAUGCGGAAGGCAGGCAGAUUGCGGCCAACAUGAGGGGUAUUGGGAUGAUGCCCAAUGACAUUCCAGAGUGGAAGAAGCAUGCCUUUGGGGGCAACAAAGCUUCUUAUGGAAAAAAGACCCAGAUGUCAAUUAUUGAGCAGAGAGAGAGCCUACCCAUCUACAAACUGAAGGAGCAGUUGGUCCAGGCCGUCCAUGACAAUCAGAUCCUGAUCGUUAUUGGAGAGACAGGAUCUGGGAAGACAACACAGAUCACCCAGUACCUGGCGGAGGCAGGCUACACUUCCAGGGGCAAGAUUGGAUGUACCCAGCCCAGAAGAGUGGCAGCCAUGUCAGUGGCCAAAAGAGUGUCAGAGGAGUUUGGUUGUUGCUUAGGCCAAGAGGUGGGUUACACCAUUCGAUUUGAGGACUGUACCAGCCCUGAAACCGUCAUCAAGUACAUGACAGACGGCAUGUUGCUCCGAGAGUGCCUGAUCGACCCUGACCUCACGCAGUACGCAAUCAUCAUGCUGGACGAGGCGCACGAGAGAACGAUCCACACGGACGUGCUCUUUGGACUGUUGAAGAAGACAGUUCAGAAACGGCAGGACAUGAAGCUGAUUGUCACCUCAGCUACCUUGGAUGCAGUGAAGUUUUCCCAGUACUUCUAUGAAGCCCCCAUCUUCACCAUCCCCGGUCGCACAUACCCAGUGGAAAUACUGUACACAAAGGAGCCUGAGACGGAUUAUCUGGACGCCAGCUUGAUCACUGUGAUGCAGAUCCAUUUAACGGAGCCACCAGGGGACAUCCUAGUCUUCCUGACGGGGCAGGAAGAGAUCGACACCGCCUGUGAGAUCCUGUACGAGAGGAUGAAAUCCCUGGGACCUGACGUUCCAGAGCUGAUUAUCCUCCCAGUGUAUUCUGCCCUCCCCAGUGAGAUGCAGACCCGAAUCUUUGACCCAGCUCCACCCGGCAGCAGAAAGGUCGUGAUUGCCACCAACAUUGCAGAGACAUCACUGACUAUCGAUGGCAUCUACUAUGUGGUGGACCCUGGAUUUGUGAAGCAGAAAGUUUACAAUUCCAAGACAGGAAUCGACCAGCUUGUGGUGACUCCUAUUUCUCAGGCUCAGGCAAAGCAACGAGCUGGCAGAGCUGGGAGAACAGGCCCAGGGAAGUGCUACAGGCUGUACACAGAGCGUGCCUACCGAGAUGAAAUGCUGACCACAAACGUGCCGGAAAUCCAGAGAACCAACUUAGCAAGCACAGUGCUGUCGCUCAAGGCCAUGGGCAUCAAUGACUUGCUGUCCUUUGACUUCAUGGAUGCCCCACCAAUGGAAACCUUGAUCACAGCCAUGGAGCAGCUGUAUACGCUGGGGGCACUGGAUGAUGAGGGACUGCUUACUCGCCUGGGCCGCAGGAUGGCAGAAUUCCCCCUGGAACCAAUGCUGUGCAAAAUGCUGAUCAUGUCUGUGCAUUUGGGCUGCAGUGAGGAAAUGCUGACCAUCGUGUCCAUGCUGUCUGUGCAGAACGUCUUCUACAGGCCCAAGGAUAAACAAGCGCUCGCUGAUCAGAAGAAGGCCAAAUUCCACCAGACCGAAGGAGACCACCUCACCCUGCUGGCUGUGUACAACUCUUGGAAGAACAACAAGUUCUCCAACCCAUGGUGCUACGAGAAUUUUAUCCAGGCCCGCUCUCUGCGCCGGGCCCAGGACAUUCGCAAGCAGAUGUUAGGCAUAAUGGACAGACACAAGCUAGAUGUGGUGUCCUGUGGUAAGUCCACAGUCCGAGUGCAGAAGGCCAUCUGCAGUGGAUUCUUCCGAAACGCCGCCAAGAAAGACCCGCAGGAGGGCUACCGGACACUGAUCGACCAGCAGGUGGUCUACAUCCACCCUUCCAGUGCCCUCUUCAACAGACAACCGGAAUGGGUGGUGUACCAUGAGCUGGUGCUGACCACGAAGGAGUACAUGCGCGAGGUCACAACCAUCGACCCCCGGUGGCUUGUGGAGUUUGCUCCUGCCUUCUUCAAGGUCUCCGACCCGACUAAGCUAAGCAAGCAGAAGAAGCAGCAGCGUCUUGAACCCUUGUACAAUCGCUAUGAGGAGCCCAACGCCUGGAGAAUAUCCCGGGCUUUCCGGCGGCGCUGAAGGGCAGGACUUGUUUGCUUCUCCCGCAGCAGUGACCCAGGGCUUGGACUCAUUCUUGUGGUGAAAUGCUGAUCCUGAGGGUAUGGCUGUCCAGUAACUGCGUAUCUUAGCUGGACAUUUUCCAAACUUGAUUUGCGUUUUUUCCCUCAUGGUAAAAUGAAAUGGAUUUAUGCCUGGUUGACGAGAGCCCUCAGCCCCCACUACCCCAAGUCACUGGGGCCACCUGGGGCUCGCAGCCAACAUGGGGGGACACUGCAUCAUCUCCAAGAAAGGGGCAACUUGUGCAGCCCUGGGAUGGGAAAUGGGUCAUGAGCAUCUCACGCCUGGACACACAGACAGAUGGACAUGGUGAGGACCCCGAUGCCCUGGUUGGUUCUCUCUGGAGGAGGGAGCUGUGAAGCUCAUUGGAAGUGUCGGCCCCAACUUCCUGUUCCUGUCCAACCCCUGUACUUUUGAUUAACCUCCUGAAAAUAUUUAUUUUCUUAAGGAAACAAAAA